GUGAAAAGCAUCAUGGACUCUCCUCCACUGAGUCUCCUCUCCCGAGUAUCAUUUAUAGAAUUAUAGAUGGUGUUGUCAGCAGUCGUUUGUCCUUGCUGUUUGUCUCCUUAUAGAAUCUCGAUUCUCAUGUAGUUUUGUACGAGUUGAGUAGAAAAGAAAUUUGUUGGUGGGGUGUGGUUCUUGUGUUACUCAUUGAUAAGGUGAUAGUGAUGAUACCCCAUCAUUGAUCAAAGUCUCAGCCUUUGGUUUUGGGUUUCAGCCUCAGCCGCGUGGUAUCUAAAGGUUCUAGCUUUUCGGAUUCAGAGCACUAGAAUAAGGUAUAAAGCUUCACAAUCAAGAAUUUGAGAUUUGAGAAUCAGGAUUCUGAGGACUAGGAAGUUGGAUUUUGUUUGAGAUCAACCGGUUUCUGCGAAAUUGGUCAUGGAGAGGCAGAGCAGUUUUCAGGCUCCAAGGAUGGAAAAACUACCAAGUUUCAGUGGGGCAAUCGAGCAACAGUCAAGUUCUCGAGGAGCGAUGGAGAAACAGAAGAGUUUUCGCGGGUUUAUGGAGAAGCAGAAGAGUUUUCGGAUAGUUAUGGAGAAGCAGCUGAGCUUUAUUGGCGGUGAACGGAGGAGGAGCAAAGAGUCACCGGGGAAAAGAGGUGAUUCCCAACUCCAUUUGGCAGCUCGAGCAGGGAAUUUAGUUAGAGUCAGAGAAAUUCUUCAGAAUUGUAACAGCACUGAGUCAAUUGGUUUAUUGUCGAAGAUGAACCAGGAGGGAGAGACCCCCCUCUAUGCCUCAGCGGAGAAUGGGCAUGCUGAGGUUGUUGGGGAAAUGUUGAAGCACAUGGACCUUCAAACUGCAUCCAUCGCCGCCAGAAAUGGCUACGACCCAUUCCACAUUGCUGUAAGACAGGGCCAUCUUGAGGUGUUGAAAGAACUUCUGCAUGUGUUCCCAAACCUGGCAAUGACCACAGAUCUAUCGAAUUCAACCGCCUUACACACAGCUGCUACUCAGGGGCAUAUUAAUAUUGUAAAUCUCCUUUUGGAAACUGACUCAAAUCUUGCCAAGAUAGCCCGCAAUAAUGGAAAGACUGUGCUUCAUUCAGCAGCAAGGAUGGGGCACUUGGAAGUAGUCAAGUCCUUACUACGCAAGGAUCCAAGUGCUGCUUUUAGAACUGAUCUUAAAGGCCAAACUGCACUACACAUGGCCGUGAAGGGGCACAAUGAGGAGAUUGUGCUGGAGUUGCUGAAACCCGACCCCUCAGUUUUGACUGUGGAAGAUAACAAGGGAAACAAUGCAUUGCACAUUGCCACAAGGAAGGGCCGUAUUGAGAAUGUACGCCGUCUGUUGUCCAUAAAUAAAGAGGGUAGUAACAUCAAUGCAAGCAACAAGGCUGGAGAGAGCCCCCUUGACAUUGCAGAAAAAUAUGGGAGUCCAGAACUUGUGGCCGUGUUAAAGGAAGCAGGGGCCACCAAUUCUAAAGACCAAGGAAAACCUGCAAAUCCAGCAAAGCAGCUGAAGCAGACUGUGAGUGACAUAAAGCACGAUGUCCAAUCCCAACUUCAACAGACCCGCCAAACUGGUGCCAGAGUCCAGAAAAUUGCAAAAAAGUUGAAAAAGCUCCACAUUAGCGGCCUCAACAAUGCUAUAAACAAUGCCACUAUUGUUGCCGUGCUGAUUGCCACUGUUGCUUUUGCAGCCAUAUUCACAGUUCCUGGCCAAUAUGUUGAGGAAGAAACGACAGGGCUUACGCUUGGACAAGCGCACAUAGCAAAUAAUGCCGCUUUCAUCAUCUUCUUUGUAUUUGACAGCCUGGCGCUCUUCAUCUCCCUGGCUGUUGUGGUAGUCCAGACAUCUGUGGUGGUGAUUGAGCAGAAGGCAAAAAAGCAGCUUGUGUUUGUGAUUAACAAGCUCAUGUGGCUAGCUUGCCUCUUCAUUUCGAUUGCUUUUAUUUCUCUGACGUAUGUGGUGGUGGGCUCACACUCGAGGUGGCUUGCAGUGUAUGCAACAGUAAUAGGCAGCACAAUCAUGCUUACUACCAUUGGCUCCAUGUGCUAUUGUGUCAUUUUACAUAGGAUAGAGGAGAGCAAAAUGAGGAACAUCCGGAGAGCUGAGAGUAAGUCUCGUUCGUUCUCUAUGUCUAUGGCAUCAGAACACGAGAUUUUGAACAGCGAAUAUAAGAGGAUGUAUGCGCUUUAAGUUUCAUUUGGGAGAAAUGAAACACAACGGAUCGGGUGACCUGUGGCUUCACAAUCCGAUUCAGAUUUUAAGUAUCUGAAUUGAUGUGAAGCAUCUAUCUCUUAAACUAGAAAUAUGGAGUAUAUAUGAAGAAAGUAAGAGUAUCGCGGUUGAGCAAGUAAAAGGACGACACAUGUAUCUGCUUCAUUCGUCAUUUGUGAUCUCUCCAUGGUUCUUCUGUGUGUGGUAUGUGGUUACCGUCUCUGCUAUGAGUUCAGACAUCCAUGGUUUGUUUGAUCCUUAAGGGCUGUGAGCCUGUGAGGCUGUUGCAGAUACCGAACUGAAUGAAUGUUCCAUGCCAAGUUGCCAACUGCUGUUGUUCAAGUAUUAGAAGAUUAUACAUUAUCUUGUGUUGUCUGCAAAGUAUUGUAAUAACAGUUGAUCUUUAUAAUUAAUAAUAUCGACUACCCUUUUCACAUCA